CGACACUGGAAGAUUCGGCGGCAAACUUGAUGAGUGUGCAGGAGGUCAAGACAUGGGCCAAGUUCACUGUGCAGUACCAGGACUACAUCAAGGAGUUUGUGGGCGAAUACGACAAGCAGAAGAAGGGAUACGAACAGGGUCAAAAAGACAAGACGAAGGAGAAAGAGGGGGGCGGCAAGGAAGGAGAAACUGGGGACAGUGAGGCGAAGAAGAAGGAGUAG